GUUCGCUCUGUGUUCUCCUCACUCGUCCCGUCUUCUCUUCUCUUGCCCUUACCUCUCCUUGUGGCCGGUGUUUCGGUGCCGCUAUCCCUCAAAUUGCCAUGCCGGAUCGCAGACCUUUCGAGCGGCUGCCGACUGACGUGCGGCCCGUCAACUACGGACUCUGUCUAAAGCCUGACCUCAUAGACUUUACUUUCGAGGGGAAGCUGGAGGCCACUGUUGAGGUGCAAAAUGCAACCAACCAGAUUGUGAUGAAUUGUGCAGACAUCGAUAUCAUCACUGCUUCUUAUGCUCCCGAGGGUGACGAAGAAAUUCAUGCUACUGGGUUUAACUACCAAAAUGAAGAUGAGAAGGUUACUCUGUCCUUUCCUAGCACCUUGCAGAAAGGUGCAGGGAUGCUAAAGAUUGAUUUUGUUGGAGAGCUGAAUGAUAAGAUGAAAGGAUUCUAUCGCAGCAAAUAUGCGACUGCAACUGGAGAGGUGCGAUAUGCAGCUGUCACACAGUUUGAGGCAACAGAUGCACGCAGAGCCUUUCCAUGCUGGGAUGAACCUGCUAUAAAGGCCACUUUUGAUGUCAUCCUAAUUGUACCUAAGGACAGAGUGGCUUUGUCUAAUAUGAACUUGAUUGAUAGAAAGCCAUACCCAGACGAUGAGAACUUAGUAGAGGUGAAAUUUGCACGCACCCCUAUCAUGUCUACAUAUCUUGUGGCCUUCGUUGUGGGAGAGUAUGAUUUUGUAGAAACAAGGUCUUCUGACGGCGUGCUGGUCCGUGUUUAUACACCUGUUGGAAAAGCAGAACAGGGGAAGUUUGCCUUGGAGGUUGCUGCUAAAACCCUGCCUUUUUACAAGGAUUACUUCAACGUACCCUACCCCCUCCCCAAGAUUGACCUUAUCGCCAUUGCAGACUUUGCAGCUGGAGCCAUGGAAAACUGGGGCUUGGUCACCUACAGGGAGACUGCUCUGCUGAUUGACCCCAAGAACUCCUGCUCUUCUUCUCGCCAGUGGGUGGCAUUAGUUGUGGGACAUGAACUGGCACAUCAGUGGUUUGGGAACCUAGUCACCAUGGAGUGGUGGACCCAUCUCUGGCUGAAUGAGGGCUUUGCUUCUUGGAUAGAAUACCUUUGCGUAGACCAUUGUUUUCCAGAGUAUGACAUCUGGACACAGUUUGUCUCAGCCGACUAUACCCGGGCACAGGAACUAGAUGCACUUGAAAACAGCCAUCCCAUCGAGGUCAGUGUCGGACACCCAUCUGAAGUUGAUGAAAUCUUUGAUGCUAUAUCCUAUAGCAAAGGUGCCUCUGUCAUCCGCAUGCUACACGAUUAUAUUGGGGAUGAGGAUUUUCGCAAGGGCAUGAAUCAGUACCUCACUAAAUUCCAGGAGAAGAAUGCUGCCACAGAGGAUCUCUGGGAAUCUUUGGAACAGGCCAGUGGGAAACCCAUUGCUGCAGUAAUGAACACCUGGACUAAACAGAUGGGCUUCCCCCUUAUAUGUGUGGAAUCAGAGCAGAAAGAAGAUUCCGUUGUCCUGAAGCUUUCCCAGAAGAAAUUUUGUGCCAGUGGAGCUCCUAACAGCGAUGACAGUUACCAGUGGAUGGUACCAAUUAGCAUCUGCACCAGUGAAUCUCCAGCAUCUGCUACUGUGAAGAUUCUAAUGGAUAAGCCAGAGAUGACUGUGGUGCUGGAAGGUGUUAAGCCACACCAGUGGGUUAAGUUGAAUCCUGGCACAGUGGGCUUCUACCGCACUCAGUAUAGUACUACGAUGUUGGAGAGCCUAUUACCUGGCAUCCGAGACCUUUCGUUACAGCCUGUUGACAGGCUGGGUUUACAGAACGACCUGUUCUCUCUGGCUCGAGCAGGUAUGAUCAAUACAGCUGAGGUCCUGAAAGUUAUGGAGGCAUUUGUAAAUGAGCCUAAUUACACUGUGUGGAGUGACCUGAGCUGCAACCUGGGGAUCCUCUCAACGCUGCUUUCCCACACAGACUUUCAUGAGGAAAUACAGUGCUUUGUCAGGGAUGUUUUUUCCCCAAUUGGGCAACGCCUUGGCUGGGAUCCUAAACCUGGAGAAGGGCACUUAGAUGCUCUUCUUAGGGGUCUUGUCUUGGGAAAGUUGGGGAAGGCUGGCCACCAACCGACCCUUGAAGAAGCCAGACGACGGUUUAAGGAACAUGUAGACGGACGAAAUGUAUUGAGUGCAGAUCUGCGGAGCCCGGUUUAUGUGACGGUUCUGAAACAUGGGGAUAAUUCAACCUUGGAGACCAUGAUGAAGCUCCACAAACAAGCUGACAUGCAGGAGGAGAAAAACAGGAUCGAACGAGUUUUGGGAGCCAUCGCAGAGCAGGAUCUGAUCAAGAAGGUGUUGAGCUUCUCUCUGUCGGAAGAUGUUCGUCCACAGGACACCGUGUGCGUCAUUGGAGGAGUGGCGGGUGGCAGUAAACUUGGCAGGAAGUGCGCCUGGAACUUUGUGAAGGAUAAUUGGGAGGAAUUGUAUAACCGUUACCAGGGUGGCUUCCUCAUCUCUAGGCUUAUAAAGCUCUCCUUGGAUGGUUUUGCAAGUGACAAAAUGGCAGCAGAGAUUAAGGCAUUUUUUGAUGCCCACCCAGCUCCCUCUGCAGAGCGCACGGUGCAGCAGUGCUGUGAGAAUAUUCUGUUGAAUGCUGGCUGGCUGAAACGUGAUGCAGAAGCCAUCCACCAUUAUCUACUGCAGCGCAAGCCAUCUUCCUCCACCGUGUGAUUGUGCACACUCAUCUCUCCACCUGCUGUUUCACCGCCCCAACAGGCUAGACCCUAGGCUUCCAUCACUGGAGGCUCAGUACCUACCUUUCCAGAUACCCUCCCCCAAAUUCCUCUCCCCGCCAGGUGAGUGGGUGCUAAAAGUGGCCCCCUCCAUUCGGCACCUGCUCAGUCCCCAGUCAACUCCUUAGGGAAUUUAUUCAAUUGCUCAGCCUUCCUAAAGAGGUAGCAUACAGCUGUGUGUGACAACUGUGAAUUUACUAGGUGGCCCAUAAACAAAGGAACUCUGAGCCCAUUUUGGAGCAGAGUUCUGUAAGUUAGAGGUACCAGGCACAAGUGCAGAGGAUUAUUUGCAGGUAAAGGGGCUGUAACCUGACAGGUUAUGACAGUUAUGUGCUUUACCCAUGGCCGCGUAGGAGGAUUGCUGGCUUUCCCCUUUUCUUUAAUAAGGAGAUACUCCCCUCCCUCUCACUCCUUACUGUUGCCACUGUCAAAAUCUAACCAUAUGCCGACUGUUGUGUUUGUCCUGGAGUUUAACCUAACCCUUUACUCUGGGCAUAGAGUUUAACCUGAGGGGCAGUUCAAGUUUGCACGUUUGUGUACUUACACUUAACCCCAUUUCCAGCUGCUCUGUACCUUUCAGUGGCCUGGACCGUUAUCCCCCAACAGUACAGAAAAUGCUUGCACAGUGGUACUGAAGGGUCUCCUUAAUGUAGAUUUCUCCUCUUAGCCACACUGAAGAGGGACAAAGUGCAAAGUAUCUUGUUCCUAAAGUCAACUAGUUAUACCAGUUCCAGAUAAAACCCUAGGUUAGCCAGUUUGCAGGUAUUGUGCAGUCUAACGGACUAGCGGUUGGGCAAUAAGCCUUGGUUAUCAGACUUGCUUACCUGAGUUCUCUCUUUUGUGCUAUUGUUUUAAAUGACAAAAACAAAAAAGAAU